GUCAGCCCCGACGGAAACUUGCGUAAAGCUUAAAUACCGCGUGUGCCUCUCCUCAGACCGAAGGUGGAAGUGACCAACGCGUCCAAAGCAGGGGCAUCUCCGGCGCGCUCUCCGUCCUCUUUUCCUUUUUACAAAAUUCCCGACUCCCCUCCCGGUGUGACUCUCUCUAUCACGCGGCGCCAAGUGACCGACAAGUCAGCAUGCAGGUGUCUCUGGCCCUCCUCGUCUCCAGCUCGGCGCUCCUGCUGCUCCAGGGAUGCUGCACCGCCGUGAAGGGAUGGAAGGUACUAAAAAACGACGGCACGGAGAUUUUACCGGAGUACACAGAAAAUUCUCGGACGCCCCAGGAGGCAAUACUGCCGGCGUCCAACGGCAGCGACAACAACAACAACAACAACAACAAUAACAACAACAACAACAAUAACAACAACAGCAACACAGUGAAUAACAGGGCGAAAAACGGCGGAAGGACGGCGAACACCGUUUCUUUCAGUGCCUCGGAGCUGAGCUGCAGAGAGCUGCGGUCCACCCGCUACAUCACCGACGGAUCUUGCCGCAGCGCCAAGCCCGUUAAGGAGCUGGUGUGCUCGGGCCAGUGCCUGCCCUCUCACCUCAUGCCCAACUCCAUCGUGCGCGGCAAGUGGUGGAGGAACAGCGCCUCGGACUACCGCUGCAUCCCGGCGCACUCCCGGACUCGCAGGGUCCAGCUCCAGUGUCCCAACGGCAACACUCGGACUUACAAGAUCCGCGUGGUCACGUCCUGCAAGUGCAAGCGCUUCAGGCCCCACCACAACCAGUCGGUGGCCAAGGAGGUCCCGAAGGCGCAGCGCAACAAGAAGCGCCUGUCUCCGGGCCGGAGCAAGAACAACACGCCGCUGGUGGGCAACUCGUACUGAUGCUCCUCCGCGGCAUCCAGAGACCGAAGCGCACUCACACACACGCACACACGUUAACACAACACACCAACCAACAUAUCCCCCUUCAAAUAAAGAGGGGACGCAGUUUUCGAGGAGAGAGAAUUCAUAAGCUAAUUGCUAGGCUGACUGUAAGUCAUCAGCCUGUGUUUUUCUGUCACUUGACAGCGUUAUUUGUGAACUUUGCUUAUUUGCAUGAGUAAGUGUCAGGGCUUGCCGCGGCUGUGGCUAGUCAGGAGAUGCAGCGCCAUGAUGGAUAUUACAAAACACGAAUCUGAUCACCCCAACAGCUCUGUGGGCUCGGCUCUUCCUUCCACUCAGGCCGAUUUCUUUUAAUGAGAAGUCCUCCCUGAGGCUUUGAACCCAUCUGUACAAACAUCCAGCGGAUGCAGAACUACAGCUCUGUUUAAAGCUGAAAAGGUGUAUCCGCGCUCCAGAGUGGUUGUAAUCCGUCUCCUUUUCGACUGCGUUGUGUGUGUGUGUGUGUGUGUGUGGAGGAGACGGUGGAAGCUCUGGGGGUGUCUGACGGUGGGAUGUUGACAGGUUUUGAGAGGCCCUGGUGCGCACAGCGGUCCAGGCAGCCCGCUAAAGGCCUCCCUCGUCAGGAUAGCGCCGCGGCGCUCUCCGGGUCGGUUACAGAUUUCCCACAGCUAGAUGCAAAAAAAAAAAAAAAAAAAGUCAGGAGCGAAAGAGAAAGCAGCACUAACACCACCACAGGGCAUGGGGCAUUGCUGUGACUCCUCUUAAUUACUAAAUGAGCCCAUUCCUGUGUUAGGAUUUGAGUCAUAAAAAAGCCAUUUCCUCUAGACAUAGCCGGUUCCUGUUUGCUGGAAUCACACACAAAACAGUGCACAUGGCGUGUAGGAGGCAUAAAGAAAAUUUGCGUGGUUAUGUUGUUACCUAGGGGCAGAGAGCUCUCCAACACACCCACACUGGAAUUCUUUCGCUGCAGCGAUCAAACCAUCCCCAGCCAAAAAUCCAUCUGUCGUGUUAGCCUGCAGGAUUCGAGACACCUCCACUCCUCUCUGCGCCCAUUCUGUAAAUAGCUCGAGACGGGAACAAAAAUAAUGUUUUGCCGUUGUAUCGAUUAUCCAGCGAGGAAGAGGAAGCGGCGUUAUCUAGCCUGUCGCCGACAGACAACGCAGACCUCCUUCCUCAGCCCCAGAUUGGACUGAACUUCGCCGAGAUUAUCCACAGACAUUCCUGUCAGCACUGUGUUGUUUUUCCUGCUUGUAUUGCUUCCUGAUUUUUUUUUUUUUUUUUUAGUUUUGUCUUGUUUGUUUGUUUUGGGUUGUCUAAACUGUGCCAGCAAUGUUUGCCUCUUUUUCCAGCCGUGUGUGUUUUGAAAUGGCAACUGG